AACAGUCGCUCGCUGGAUACCGCCCACACUUAUCACUCCGUGACAGGAUAUAUACAUCAACCCCCUUCGAUAUGUACAAGUUAGUCUUCCUCGUCUGCUCCGCCCUGCUGCUCAGCUAUGUCCUGGCCAGGCCACAGGAUCAGCGGGCGGGAGCCACCAGUGCAGCGACCACCACCACAGCUGCCACCAUUGUCAAGCAGGAUAAUGUGAACAACGCCGACGGUAGCUUCAACAGCAGCUAUGAGACAUCGAACGGAAUACGCGUAGAGAACAUUGGCUAUCUGAAGAAGAUCAUCGUUCCCAAGACCGAGACCUCCGAUGGCCAGGUGAUCGACGAACACGAGGAGCUUGUACUGGUCCAGACCGGAUCCUACAGCUACAGCGAUCCCGAUGGCAAUCUCAUCACCCUGCGCUACGUGGCCGAUGAGAACGGAUUCCAGCCGGAGGGUGACCAUCUGCCGGUGGCACCUCAAUAGUUUAACAUAUGUCCAUAGAUGUCCAUAGAUGUCCAUAGAUGUCCCCUGUAAUAUUUCGCUUGAAAGUAUUAUGCACUGCCUGAAUGCCAUACGAAAUUGAAAUGUCUACAUUCCGUAGUUAGUCUUAAGCAAACACACACACACACACCGAAAUAAAUAUUGGAAACGAUAAUG